CCGUCGCUUGGUUUAUGAAAACAUCUCGUAAGGUUCGUACGAAUGGCUAACCUACAUUCUGCGCCGCUGUCAUUUUGCGUGCUUGGUGCGGGUAUUUCGGGGCUUUCAAGUGCAUAUUGUUUAGCGAAAAAUUAUCCAUCAAGUAGAGUUACUGUAGUGUAUGAAGAAGGUACACCUAACACGACGAGCAAUCAUGGUUUUGGAAUACUCAGUCUCCGUUCUUUGGACGAACUGGACAGUGCCGAUACCAUCAGGUUUACGAAAGCAACUGCAAGUCAUUUUGCAAAUAUAAUAAGUCAAUCGCCACAACUCGCUGCUGAAAUUGGAUUGAGUGCAAUGCCAGCGUACCUCACAUACGACAGAAAGCAGGGUUCGCCAGAACAAGAUGUAUUUCCCGGUGGACCAACAAUGGACACUUUCGCUUAUUUCAUGGAAAUCAGCGAACAUGAAAAAAGUUCGCUGAGUAUCGACAGCGAUGGAUUGAAAUAUAUUUUUGAGAGGGAUGAUAUUGAACCUAGUGACCUAGUCGUCUACAAAGCGGGAACUUGGGUUAUUGACAAUCACUCAUAUCUUCCGUGGUUGAAAAAAGAACUUGAACUUAUGGCCGCCAGAGGAGAUAUCUCAAGCGUGAACUUCAUACAGAGGAGAGUGAGCAAUUUUUCCGAAUUACUCAAACUUGAAGACUUUCAUUUUAUUGUCAAUUGCUCUGGAUUGGGAUCCGAAUAUCUGGUUCCGGAUGGGAACAUGAUUCCAAUACGAGGUCAAUACCUGUUGGUGAAACCGAAUGCAACCACGGAUCUACGGUAUGGGGGACAUACGUUCAUUUGUCCAAAACCUGGCCGAGUUGCUCUUGGAUCAGUGUAUCAAAAAGGUCGCCGUGAAACCAGCAUAAACCAUUUUGACAAGGAAGACAUCUUACGUCGUUGUUGCGCUUUAAAUCCGCAAAUUCGAAAUUCUGAAAUUAUUGGAGAGAGCGUUGGAAUUCGUCCAGGUCGGUAUGGUGGACCGAGGGUAGAAUUAGAUCGCCAAACACUGCGAUCUUCGAGAGGAAAUGAUUCUGUUCCGAUUAUACAUAAUUACGGACAUGGUGCCAAAGGUAUUUUGCAACAUUGGGGCUGUGCUCUCGAGGUUGUCAAGUUGGCUGAGAGUCUCACAAGCAUCAAAUCGAAGCUAUGAAAUUGUGCGCAAAUCGCAAUGUUGCAUUGGUGUGUUAUUUAUUUUAGUAAUUUAAAUACAUAUGUGUGAUUACUAUA